CUUGAGGGGGGCGAGGUUGAGAGGGAGGGAGACGACGCGGGAGAAAACAGGCAACGUUCACACAGAUUUUCACCUCUGAGCGCGUCCCGACAUCUCCGCAGACUGCUGCACCGCAGCUCCAGCCGACCAAUUAAAAGAAACAAAAGAAUCUGCCAGGAUGGUGACGGUCAGUGUGAUCACACUCAGCUUCCUGGUCACUGCAGUUCUUUCUGCCCCUGUGAAAGUCGAAGAAGACUCCAUGACCUUGUUCCAUGGGGAGGAUUUUCACAUCUUGCUGCCCUCACUCGGGGUGGAGGUCACGUUCAAGAACAGGUCUGCUCCGCGGUCGGCUGACAUGUUCCUGAUGCGGGGUGGUGCUGUGAUCAACAGUCGGGCCAAACUCAACCGCCACCUCAGCCACCUGAUCAUAGACGCUGUGGGCGAGGAAGACGAGGGUGUGUACACCGUGAAGAAUCCAGAGAAGCCAGACGACGUCAGACGCAUCAUGCUUGUAGUCCGAGAUUGCUCCAAUGAGCAGACCAUUAAAUAUGGAGACAACUACCAUAUUCCCCUGUCAGGGGUGACUCCCCCCAUCACCCUGGAGUACAGGCCCAUUGCUGUGGAGGCCAACCAAACAGCUAGACCAGCUCUGGUGCUGCUGACCAGCACAGGGAUAUCCAGGGAGGGCUACCAGGGUCGCAUCAGCGUCAACGAGCGCCACGUCACCCUCAGCACUGUUACGGGUGCAGACGAGGGCAGCUACACUGUCAGGGACGCCGAAGGUGUUAUCCAAAGGAAAGUGUGUCUCAACGUCAGGGAGCACGCAAACUUUGUGACCCUGCCGUACGGUAAAAGACUGAAGAUCAACCUGAUACUCAACAGCUCCUUGGUCCGUCUCUACUACACACCUGACAAUGACCCCAAACCCCGCCUGCUGCUGGACAAGGGAGAAUUUACAAGUGCUGAAGAUAUGCUGGAUCUCCAGGAACGUCUCUCCAUGGAGGGUUCAUUGGUCUUUCUAGAUCAGGUCAAGGGUUCAGAUGCAGGCGUGUUCAAGAUUACUGACAUCCUGGGAUUCAGUGUAUCCACCAUCCACUUGGAAGUACAACCCUACAAGCUGGAGUCAUUGUAUGUGGCUAUCAUCGCCCUGUUGGGCCUGCUGGUUUUCCUUCUGCUGGUUUGCCUGCUGUCCUGCCUGAUCAAAGUGAAGAAGAGGGCCAAGAGGGCAGCUGCCCUGGAGAAGAUUGCCCAGAACGCUGGCAAAGAGGACGAGGGAGAGGCCUUCAGACAGGUGGUGAAGAAUAUCACCAAACUCAGUGAGGAAUCCAAGCAUUCCCAGGCUGACAACACAGAGAAAUCUCAGAGCACUGAGGUGGACAUUAAAGGUCUGGAGGUUUCCUCUAAAGAGGUUGGAAUCGGUAACCUAGAGACCAGUGACUCUGGUGUUGGCUUUAACACCGCCCUCCCACUGGACACUGACACUGAUGCCCCCGAUCAAAUCCCCGACUCUGAGGCUGUAAGCAUCUCUGUUGCUCCUGAAACCAAACCAAGUCCACCAUCUGCUGCUGAGUCCAUGCCAAGCGCUCCACCAGCUAUGGAAAUUAAGCCCAGUCCAGUUGCUGAAACCAAAGCCAGCCCAACACCCGAGACCAAGAAAACCCCCGAUCAGCCCGUGGAAGUGAAGUUGGAUGUGACCAAACCAGAAGUUAAGCUCAGCCCAGCCCCGAGCCCUGAGCCCAAGGCUGGUCUGAGCCCAGCUGAUCCAAAACCUGAGUCCAGCCCAAGCCCAGAGCCUAAAGCAGCUGCUCCUAAAGCCCCAACCCCUGAAAGCAAGAGCGCCCUAACUCCCACACCUGAGCCCCCCAAACCGACCACACCGGAACCUAUCACCAAUGGUACACCUGAGCCGGGCCCGGAUUCCAAACCAAGCCCAGACCAUGCUGAUAUUAUUGGAGGUCCAAAAGCGGCCCCCCCUAAAACCCCUGAGGUGGAGCUGAAGUCUGGUGGUGCCGUAUUAGAAGCCAACAAAGAUGGCACUGUGGCUGAGGAGUCAACCACCACCUGAGAACUGCCCCUGCAAAAACACAAGGGAAGCCCCACAGAUCUUCUCCAUCUAUCACCACUGUAGACAAUCGAACACCCCCCUACCAAAUAAUGACGAAACCACUGAAACUGGGGCGAGGCCUUUGGUUAAACAUGUCUAAUGCCUGAACACAAUAUUACCUUGAUAACGGUAUCUCACUUGUCUAUAAUUAACACAUAAUCUUUGAGACUUUCUGAUUCAGAAACACUUCACAAAACAAAUGCGGCUUGUUGAUUGUUAAACAUUUUAGUUGUACACACCUUGGUGGUGUUCUUUUGGUAGCUUCACAGUAAAACUGCCAGACUUCAAAUGAAAUCCUUUGCAGAGUUUACAACUAAAAUGUUAUCUCCAACUAAGGUCUUUUCUAACAUAAUGAGGUACCCAGAAAGGUUUACAAGGUUUUAUUAAAACAAGGACACACUAGAAUUCCUCAUCUGACCUUAACUAACCAUCCUCUCCCAUUUAGAUGCUUGCUCUUCUAUCAGCAUGUGGAUAAAACAGACAAAAUGCAUGCAGUUGUCAGCCACUAGCUUACUAAAAUGUGUCAUAACAUGCUCUUGACUGGACAUCAUCAAAACAGAAAUGAAAGCCCUAUUGAUCACACAAACCACACUCUGUUGAUGGCAUUUUGUGUGAAAUGUGGAUGUAAUGUCCUCUUUUAUGGCUCCAGAAACAUCUGCAAUACGACAUCACAUAGCAAAAACAUGAGUUUUGCAUAGAUUUAACCACAACUUACUAAUAAUACUGACCCCAUUAUAUGUAGUCUCUGAGAUUGGGAUUCAGGCCCCCCAGUGGAUAUCUCAGAUGAUUAAAAUUGAUCUGGAAUUUUCUGUUGGCUCUAUAAAAAUCCCAUUACUCUCACAGUUUUAAUAGGAGGCUCAUGCCAGCAGAAACUCCAGGCACUUAAUGGGACCACCAUGUUCCCGCUGUACGUUGGGCUUUCCAAAGGUGAAAUAAUGAAUGAAAGUGUUUGGUAAGUUCAAGUACUCAAAACAUCCUUGCUCAUUUCUUUUCAUUAUCCUUCCCUCCCUCCAUGUCAAGGCCUUUCUUUUGUCUGUCAUUCCUUCCUUGAUCCUCCCCCUUCUUUCCCUCCCUCUUUUACUCCUUCCCUUUUCUGGGCAUCAUUAAAAACUUUUCUUGACUUAGUUCAAAGUAGAGAUUUCCUCUUCAAAUUUGUGGUUUUGUUGGCAGUGACAGAGAGUCAUUCCUGUGUCUUUGGCCCACUAAAUUUUGGAAAAAGCUUAAAUAUUUAUGCCUAGCAUCUUAAAUGUCUCCAAAAGAGUCCUAUGAGGCCUUUCUCAUUGCCAUGACAUUGUCUGUCCACAGCUGUUUUGUGUGAGUUUUGCAGAUAUGUGGAUGUUCAGUGAACACAAAUGAAUCUUACAGUUGAUGCAUGUCUCUACCUCAUGUUUUAACUGACCACUGAUUAAAGAAAAACCCCACUGACAGUCUAGGUUUGACACGCUGAUUCCAACAAAAAGCAUUUUGGAUUCCUGAGAAAAGCACAACAAGACAGCCAUGAUAAUUCAGUCAAAUGAUCCAUGAAUCAUAGGGAAACUGUAAGAAGUAGAUCCAUCGACAACCAACUGGGCCUUUCUUGGUAGCUUUCCUUACUAAUAGAUUUUUCUUACAAAUAUUAAUAUCAGGCGAGACAUGUCAGCAUUUUAACAAGCCAUAAGACAAGAUAGGUUUAGAUGUCAGAUUUGAUACAAAGAUCAAUAUAUAAGGUAAAACUACAAAAAAAUAAAAAAUCAAUGUGCCUCAAUGUGGACAAACAGCAUCAGACUUUCAGGUCACAUAUAGUAAAACAAAGAAAUGAAUAAUGAUUAGAUAAUGAAAAACAGUGGAUAAUGGCUCAUUCCCAGCCUGGACCUGUGAGGGAACCACAAACCCAUUUUGGCAAUACUGAAAAUGGUCUUUACAUGCACACAGAUUCACAAACCAGACACACACACACACACGCACACAUGCACACAUGCACACACACACACACACAUGCACACAUACUCAUACACAUACACUGCAGCCCUGUAAAUAUUGCAUGUGUACGCCAGUUUAACCCCCCCUUAAGGCUGAAUGUUUUUAGUGAAUAGAGCGGUUGUUGUAUUAUACUGAAUAAUAAAAAAGAAAACUAAUUUAAAUUUCUCACCAACCUUAAAUCAAGAGUGUAGAAUAUAUACACAUAAUAUAUACUAUUUACACUAAUAUUCACUAACGUCUUGAACUAAUUUAAGAACCAAAUAUUGCAAAAGAAAAAAAAAAUCCAUCAAGACUAUAUUAGAUCUUUUUAGAUCAAUUAUCUGCUAUUAUUGCCAUUCCAACCUGGUGAUACUCACAGCUUACAGUAUCUCUCACAGUAUUUACAUGUUGUAUUAAAAUGUUUAACCUAUGUCACUUAAAGCGUUGACUGCAGCAUGCCCACAACAUGCCCUGAACAACAGGCUUUCAUUGUCCUAAAGUCAUUUCUGUGUGUGUGCGUGUGACCAGAGGAGUGACGUUUUAUUGUUGUCAUCAUUGUGCGUUGGGGAAUUGUGUGUUUUAAGUGCUUACGCCUAUGGUGUAUGAACGUGAAUGAUUUAUGACUGCUAUGAGUGCACGUGUGUGUGUGUGUGUGUGUUGUUUGUACAGAACGAAACUACCGUCCUUCGUGUGAGCUUCUCCGUCUGUUGUGAGUUAAGGUAUCCAUGUGCCUGCUUCAAUCGUGUUGCAAUGUGAAGAAAACAAGUGCUGUGUUGAAGUCAUGAAGUGUGAAUGUGUUUACCACAAGAAAUUGUAAACGAUAUUGUAACUUUGAGAUAUUUCAGUGAUUCUCGUCUUUGUUUUAGUGCCUAAAACGUGUAUUGGAUAGUCGGCCUGUAUUCUGUCGUUAGCCGACACUCCUAAUGGCACCUUCUUCUAAAUAGGUAGAGUAUUCACAGAUGUAGACAGCUGUUUGCACACCUGACUUAACAAAGGAAUAUCACUGACUGGCCUAUGAUGUGCUAAUGUGUAGGGGACAUGUGUUGUAUUGUAUUAAGAGUCAAUUAUAAAGAUGAAAGUCUGACUUUCAGGUUUCCCAGAUGAUUAUGUGUAGCAUAAGGAGUGUUGAGUAUCUGCGAGUGAGGGUGUUUUCCAUUGCAUUGGUCAAGUCUGUGGCACAGUUCAGAGUAUGUGAGUGAAUACUUGAUAGCAGCAGAUGAAUGACAAAGCUUUGUGUGAGUGACCCUUGAGGGUUAAGUUGUGAUAAGCAAUUGACUGAGAGACUGCUAAAACAGCAUUUCCGUGCACCACCACUACUGAAUAUUGUCAGUGAUUGUAAUACCAAGCCACUCAGAGUGAGUAGGGAUGUGAGAGAGGAGGAUAGUGCAUUAAUGGGCAGAACGAGCCUUUGGUUUACACAUUACCAGUAUCUUAGAGAGGGCUCGGUUUAGUGGGGUCAGAGUUAUUAUAUCUAACAGGUGCCAGAGGGAUUCUGGUUUCAUACACCUCUGAUAACCCACUAAUAGAAACCACUACUGUUAACACCACUGGCACUUCUUGCACUAUGUGAGUUGUCUCUGCCCUCUCUGUUUACUUCUGCUGUUCUGGCCUGGGUGUGGUGUGACGUUCUUCAUAUUCUCUCUGUACUCCCUUUUUGCACAACACUUCACACAGAUGUUUUGUAAAAGAAAUAGUUUUUUUCUUUAUUUCAUGUUUAAAGGAAUACUAAGAAUAAACAAAAGAUUAUGACA